UAAAUCCUGUGUGGCCUUUUUUCUUAUAUAUAUACAUUCUCUUUUCGCUUCAUUCUUCAUCGUUUCUUCACAUUCUUGAAUUCAUUUUUCAAUUCGAAAGAGACCCAUUUCGUUUCGCUUUCAAAGGUUUGAUCUUGUUAAAGCUCGUAAAUUGUAAUCAUGGUGGCUCUCUCAAAACCUUCGAUUGAACAGUUCUUCAUGAAACCUUCUAAACCAAACACAAACCCGUUGAUCUUUCCAACGAUUCCUCUCAUUGACCUCUCGAAACCUGAAUCAAAACAACAUCUUGUUAAAGCUUGCCAAGAUUUUGGAUUCUUUAAGGUCGUUAACCAUGGAGUUCCCACCAAGUUCAUUAAAAAACUCGAGUCAGAAGCUCUCAAGUUCUUCUCUUCUCCUCUUUCUACCAAAGAAAAAGCAGGCCCACCCGACCCGUUUGGUUAUGGGAACAAAAGGAUUGGUAGAAACGGGGAUGUGGGUUGGGUCGAAUAUCUUCUUCUCAACGCGAAACCCGAAUCGGAUUACCAAAGAUACCUCUCUGUUUUCGAAGAAAACCCAGAAAUUUUCCAGGGCGUUGUUAAUGAUUACGUGACAGCAGUGAAGAAGAUGGCGUGUGAAAUUCUUGAGUUAUUAGCGGAUGAGAUGAAACUCCAGCCACGAAAUGUGUUCAGCAAGCUGCUAAUGGAUGAACAGAGCGACUCUGUUUUCCGGGUAAACCACUAUCCGCCAUGCCCGGAGUUUCAAGAAAACGAAAGAAACGGAAGGAAAUUAGUGGGUUUCGGAGAACACACAGACCCACAAAUCAUAUCGGUUUUAAGAUCCAACAACACUUCUGGACUCGAAAUCUCAUUGCGAGAUGGAAGUUGGAUGUCUGUUCCUGCUGAUUCUGAUUCCUUCUUCAUCAAUGUUGGCGACUCUUUACAGGUAAUGACCAAUGGAAGAUUCAAGAGUGUAAAGCAUAGGGUGGUGGCAAACAGUACAAAGAGUAGGGUGUCAAUGAUCUAUUUUGGAGGACCACCAUUGAGCGAGAAGAUAGCACCAUUGCCAUCACUUAUACAAGGAGAGGAAGACAGUUUGUACAAAGAGUUCACUUGGUUCGAGUACAAAAAAUCAGCAUUUAAUACAAGAUUGGCGGAUAAUAGACUUGGUCUCUUUGAAAAAAUCACAGCAACUUAGGGUUUUUAGCAUCGUCUUCUUUGUUUUUCUAUGUGUAUGUGACAUCUCACACGUUAACAUUUGUGCAUAUUUUCUUCUUGCUUGUCUAAAUUACUUCAUGUAACGACUUUUCCUUUGUUAAUUAAUGGAACCGAUAACAAAAUCCUUGUUUA